AUGUGCUCCCACCUCCAAAACGCAUCCAAAGCCCGCCUCGGCCUCACCUCCAUCCCCAGCACGAAAUACAACCUGCACCUCGCCCUCGCCCUCCACCGCUCCGGCUUCUUCUCCUCCGUAUACCGCGCCGGCCCGCACCCGCCCACCCCGGAGCAAAUGGUCGCCCAGGUCCCCGAGCCCGUCACAAGCGCCACCGUCGCAAAGAUGCGCAUCUGGCUCGGCCUCAAGUACUGGGACGGCCGCCCCGUCCUGUCACGGGCCUCCGUCAUCAGCAAGCCCUCGAGGCAGCUCACCGUCGACGUCCAGGAGCUGGCCCGCCUCACUAGGGGGUUCCCGACGAAGCUCAAGGGCGGCGUCAUCAGCGGCCUGGGUGUUGGCGAGUGCAUGUUUGUGUCUACGUCGAGAGGGGUGCUCGAGGUGAGGGAGGCGUUGGCGAAAAAGGUCGGUGGUGUGCUCAUGUGCCGAGUAUCAUAG